AUGGCAAUCACAAAUUCCUUCGCUGCUGUUGAUCCUUUCUGCCACAAACAAAAGGUCUACAUCGUUGACCGUGUAGAAUCGAACCCGAUACAAAUAGCCAACCAUCCCGCUUGGGCGGCCGAAUAUUCGCUAUCUAACAACCAGUUUAGAGCGAUGGAUAUCAGAACGGAUACAUUUUGUGCUGGUGGCUCAAGUUUGGGGGAUGGGAGGUGGGUGCAUGUUGGUGGCACUGGCAAAGUGUCGAAGUGGGAUGAAGACGGAAGCCAGAGCGUGAGGUUGAUAUCGCCUUGUGAUGAUGCCUCGUGUCAAUGGAUAGAAGACCCGAAGAAUGCUAUGUCAACAACCCGGUGGUAUCCUUCAGUGGAACCAAUGGAUGAUGGCAGUGUGAUCAUCAUUGGGGGGCUACAUCGGGCCCCCGCCCCAAGCGUAAACAAUCCAACCUACGAAUUCUUUCCUUCCCGUGGCCUACCCGUGCAACUUCAAUUUCUCAAGGAUACUCUCCCUGCCAAUAUGUACCCCCUUACAUGGUUGUUACCAAGUGGGAGGGUAUUCGUACAAGCAAAUUGGGGGACAAUGAUAUUGGAUGUGAAGAGCGGGAAGGAGACCAGGUUAGAUAAUGUUCCGAAUGCUGUUCGAACAUACCCCGCUAGUGCUGCCACGGUUUUACUUCCACUGACGCCUGAUAAUGGCUACUCCGCUACCAUUCUGAUGUGCGGAGGACAGAAUAAUAAUGUGUGGGUGCAAUCAAAGAGCUUGGUAAAUAAAGCCGCCAGCAAUGAUUGCGUGAGGAUUUCCCCUGAUGGUGAUGCGAAGUGGAAGGGGGAUGCCACCUUGCCGGAGGGGAGGGUUAUGGGGAGUUUUAUCAUCUUGCCAGACGGAAAUAUUUGGCUGGGGAACGGAGCUAAAACUGGCACGUCUGGUUAUGGAUCAGGAUCAUAUUUGAUUGGGCAGUCCUAUGCUAGAGACCCGGUUCUGGCUCCAGUGGUGUAUGAUCCUUCGACGAGGACGUUCAGUCGGGCAGGGCUAGGUUCGAGUACAAUUGCAAGGAUGUAUCAUUCCUCGGCGACCCUUCUUCCUGAUGGCAAGUCCCUUUUCUCCGCCCUCAGAAUCGUCCCCAAUGCUGACUCUCCAUUUCAUAAUAAUGCAUAUCUUUCAGGCUCCGUCUUCAUUGCAGGUUCCAAUCCCAAUGGUGGUGUCACGGACACCACUUUCGCUACAGAGUACCGCACGGAGAAGUUUUACCCUUGGUACUAUAGCAACCCACGCCCUCAGCCGAUUUCUGGAUUACCGGAUCGAUUGGGAUAUGGAGGGAAUUAUUUUGACGUGAGAGUCGCUCGCGGGGCCGGACUGCAAGGGUUGGCACCCGUAGUGGCGGCAGGAAAGACCAAGGUUGUAAUUAUACGCACCGGGUUUUCGACACACGCGAUGAAUAUGGGUCAGAGGUAUCUUCAAUUGGACAGCACGGCAAAUGCAAAUGCCGACGGAUCUAUCACAAUACAUGUCUCUCAAGUCCCACCCAAUCCUGCGCUGUUUGCACCUGGCACAGCGUUCUUGUAUGUGGUUGUAAAUGGAGUACCAAGCAUUGGGAAACGAGUCAUAGUUGGGAACGGGAUCGGGAAACAGGUAGCAAAGGCCCCACAGAGGCUACCUAGACCGUGA